AUGCCCGCUAGCCCGCCCAUCCUCUCGUCUGCCAUGCCCGUUCGCCCGCCCUCUCGUCUGCCAUGCCCGUUCGCCCGCCCUCUCGUCUGCCAUGCCCGCCCGCCCGCCCGCCCUCUCGCCUACCAUGCCCGCCCGCCCGCCCGCCCGCCCUCUCGCCUGCCAUGCCCGCUCGCCCGCCCGCCCUCUCGCCUGGCCUGCCCGCCCGCCCGCCCUCUCGCCUGCCAUGCCCGCUCGCCCGCCCUCUCGCCUGCCAUGCCCGCUCGCCCGCCGGCCCUCACGCCUUGCCUGCCCGCCCACCCGCCCUCUCGUUUGCCAUGCCCGCUCGCCUGCCCGCCUCUCGCCUGCCAUGCCCGCUCGCCCGCCUGCCCUCUCGCCUGGCCUGCCGCCCACCGCCCUCUCGUCUGCCAUGCCCGCUAG